UUAAUAUGCGGAAGCCCAAAUCCAUUAGUACCUCUACCGCCAAUUGUAACUGCAAGUUCAUAGCUUAACGUUUUCCCUCCCUCACCAUCGUAACAAUCUGGUAGAAUCCGGCAUUGUUUAACCGUUUUCCGUUCCUACUAUCUAUCUUCUCCGGCGAUUCACCGUGAGGUAUCAUAAUCUCCGUUGAUUUUCAAAUUGCAUGUUAAGCGAAGCUUCGUUUUUUUAUUUUUAUUUUUUAUUUUUUUGCUAAACUAAAAUGCUUUGGUUUUAAUUCAUGAACUUAACAGAGUAGUUCACAUGGAAGCCCGUAAGCGUAGAGGUUUUCUGAUUGAAACGCUGUUAGCCGCCGAAAACGAAGCUCGCCAAAUUAUAAAUGCGGCCAAGGCUGGGAAAAUGGAUAAACUCAAACAAGCCAGAAAUGAGGCUGAAAAGGAGAUUGCUAAGUAUCAAGCCAAAAUGGAUCUUGACUUUCAGAGGAAAGUGGCAAAGGGCAGUGGAGAUUUAGAUGCCAAUAUGAGACUCCUUGAGCAGAAGACACAAGCAAAAAUAUCUGCUUUGACAGCUGAAGCGGAUUUAAAAUCCCAUGGUCUUGCUAACAUGCUGGUCAAGGGUGUUAUAUAUGUGAGAGUUUAAACUCUUGC